CCUUAAUAUUAAGGUAUGUAAUCAGAGCCCCACCUCAUCCGCAAACUGACCCUGUUCUCGAAACGUUGAUGUUAUCUAAUCUCUUAGCAUAAGCUAGAAAAUAGAUUCACACCAACAUGGAGAUGACCCUUUCUCUUUCUUCUUCUUCAUCAUCACUAGUCCCGAGGCUUUCUUCCUCUUCCACCUUGUCCUUCUUGGCUACCAACUCUAACUCUACCUCACCCCUCUUGAAGAAAGCUACAAUCAAAACCAGAAGAGCGAAGGGUCUCACCUGCAAUGCAUUGUUCGGACUGGGAAUGCCCGAACUCGUCGUUAUUGCUGGAGUUGCUGCUCUUGUGUUCGGACCCAAGAAGUUGCCCGAAGUGGGUCGCAAUAUCGGCAAAACCAUUAAGAACUUCCAACAGGCAGCAAAGGAGUUUGAGUCUGAGCUUAAAAAGGAACCUGAUUACACGGAAGAGACCCCCAAACCAACUGCUGUGAGUGAAAAGGAGGAGCAAGACAUUAAGGUGUCUAGUACUAAAGAUAGUAUAUGAGAUGCACAAGACAUGCUAAGUAGGCACAUAUUUUGGCAAAAUUUUACCAUGGCAUUGUUAUGCAUUUAAAAGAAGAUCUGUUAGUUUAAUAAUUUUGCCUUUCGGAAGUAGAAUCACAUUGUGUUGUGUGUUGUAUAAAAAUUCUCCCAGUUCCUUUCUAUCUGACUAUCACUCGGCAACAAUCAUAGGGAUAGCUGCACACAAGCGCAUGCAAAUGCUAAGAAUAUUAGUUGGCAUUCGCUUUGAUUAAGGAACCUUCUUUUUUUUGGGUGUUACAAGGCACAGGAAGUUAGGAAAUAGUUAAGAAACUUUCCCAAAAGCAAUUCGCUGG